ACAUUUAACUGAGCGGUAAGAAGAAACUCCAGCUGGCUGUGAGUCAAGUGCCUUGCGUUCUUUACAUCAUGAGCGGUCAGCAGGUACAACAUUGUCAUCUUUGGUGCUAUUGAUGGCUUUUCAAGAAAGAUCAUGUACCUGAGUGCAGCUGACAACAAUUUAUCCUCAACAGCCUUGGCCCUUUUUCAAAAAUCAGUGGACAAAUUUGGAUUUCCCCUAAGGGUAAGAGGUGACCAUGGAGUUGAAAAUGUUGCUAUUGCACGCUUGAUGUUCUCUGUCCAGGGGACAGGACGGUCAAGCUUCAUCGCUGGGAAGAGUGUGCAUAAUCAAAGAAUAGAGAGACUCUGGAGAGACAUGUGGUGUGCUGUCACAAGCAUAUAUUACAAUGUGUUGCACUCACUUGAAGACCAUGGUUUCCUUGACCUUUCAAACACCAUGCACUUCUUCAGCUGUCACUAUGUGUUCUUACCCAGACUACAAGCUAGUCUCAAUACAUUCUGCAAUGGUUGGGAUAACCACCCAAUCAGAACAGAGGGGAACUUGACACCCAAUCAGCUCUGGGAAAUGGGAAAUAUUCAGCAUUCAGUGUCAGAACCUGAAAAUGUGGAGGAAUUAUACCUUGCACAUCUUGACUGGGAUGAAUGUGGGUUGCCUGAAGACCGGCAUAAUGGAGUCACCAUUCCUACAACAGAUCACCCAUUGAUCCCUGAAGAACUAACCGCAUUAAGAACAGCCAUUGAUCCCCUGGGACCCUCCCAAUCUCAUGGUGCAGACAUCUAUCUGGCUACCAUCCAGUUUGUCCAGAACAUACUAGGACACAACUAAUAUGGAAGCGCAAUAAACAGUGUUGCAUGAAUUUAACAAUUAAAACAAUUAAAAACUUUAUUCCUGUUUGAAG